AUGAAGAUUCCUGGCAUCGCGACAGAACGCUUGUCCUCCAUAUUCUCCAAACAAUCUCGUCUGACACAGUCAACAGACGCAUUCAAUGUCAAGGCCAUCUACAAUGAAACCAAAGAUCUUAACCGUGUUGCAAUCAUUACAGGAAAAAAGAAAAUUGGCAAAUCAGCAGUGCACAGAAACAGAGCUGAUCGUCGCAUCAAGUCAGCAUUGCAGACAAUAUACUCCAAUCUCAAGAUGAAAGGCUAUGAUUUUCUGUUCUUUUCCAAGCCGCCAGUCAUCACUCUACCCUGGAAUACAUUGAUGGAGCAAGUAAAAGACUCAAUGGCUACACUUGAAAAGAAGGCAGCAAAGAGAAAAUGA